CAGGUCUCUGAACGUCUCUGAAAUAUUUUUUUUCUCCUCCGCGUGCUGAAAGAAAAACUGUUAUCCUCUCCUCAGCCUUCUCUCACCAGGUGUGAAUAGGUUGUCCCUUGGUAUCGUCUUUCCUUGGUCAUCUCUGUCCUGUCCUGUCCCGUCCCGUACCGUACUUCUGAAGAUAAGAGGCCUCUGUCUGCACCGACCUCAAAUCACCACCUCGAGUCUCACACUGCCUUACCAGCCAUAAGGAGAGACUCCCCUGGUCGCCACUGACCCCCAGCAUGGCAGACGGUCGUCAACGUGAAGACACCCCCCCCCAGUGGGAUCCGUCGGGGGCACAGGACCCCUCUCCUCCCCCAGCCCAUGGGGCUAAUGGCUACCCCCCCUCCUACAGGGCGUGCCAGCCAGGGACAGCCCAUGGAGCAGCACCACCCUCCUACACCGCCAGAGAGAAUGGCUUCAACGGCGACCAUGCAGUUACGGCUGAGCAAGUGUCUGCGCGGAUCGUGCAGGAGGUGACAGCCGAGGCAGUGGCAGUACUGAAGGGAGAACAGGAGACAAGACUGCCCUCAGUUGAAGACACAGCGAACCUGCCUCCCUCCCCUCCUCCCUCACCUGCUGCUGAACACUGCUUUGGACCCCUGGAUCAAGAUGUAGGGGAUGAGGAGGAAGAGGCCUGCCCUCUCCACCACUUCCAAAAUUCUCGGGAGAGGUGCAAGUUCCUCGCCCCCUCCAUCUCUGUGUCUAUGCCCGAGGAUGACCCCUACCACUCUGACGAGGAAUACUAUGAUCACCCCUUGUUCAGCCCUGAGUGGGAUCGCUCGGUCUCCUCUCGGCCCUCAGUGCCGGCCGCUGCCUUUAGACAGAUCCAAGUAGAGACCGUCGAGGCUCUUACAGACACAUUCGAGGAGGAGGAGGAGGAGGAAGAGGUGUUGAUGUUGGAGGAGGAGAUGGAAGGGGCAGCAGCAGAAAUCACAGCAGCUCUUGAGGAGCUGUGGAGUGGGGAUGAGCCUGAGCUGGACAGCCCCCCAGCCGAGCCCUUAGAGCAGGCAGAGGCCAUAGGCGAGGCCCAUACUGUGCCACCCAUACAGGCCGAGGCAGCUAGUGCCGCCCCAGAAGGCCCUAACGGGAGGGUGGAGGAGGAGGAGGUGGCAGAGGCUGAGGGGGAGGAGGAGAGUCCUGAGGAAGCCUUGAAGAUGGACACGGACAAACCAGACAGCGAGAGGAGUGGAUCCCUCAGCCCAGACUUCACUGAACAAGAGAGUCCAGCUUUCCUCAGCAGGGACCACACAGCAGCACCCGUGAUCCCCAAAACGGACAUGGCUUCCCCUUCCCCUUCUCUGUCCCCUUUACCUUCAAACAGCCAGAGCCAAGCCAAAGAGCUUAGCAAAAUGUCUAUACUGGAUGAACCUAAAACAGUCUCAGAGAAGCAGCCGUCAGUGGAAGUUCUUGAGUCCAGUAACCUCACGUCGGAUUCAGGGUCUGGGUUCACUACAGCUGGAGACCAAGGUCAAGGACAAGAUGUGCCAUCUGACUCUAACAAAGACAAAUCGGGCAUGUCAGCUUAUUUCGAGACUUCGGCCCUGAAGCCAGACGAGGGAUCCAAGGGGGUUCAAGCAGAAGGUUAUUAUGAACUGAGCACCGCAGGAGAAGAGAAGAAGGUCUUAGGGAGCAGUUCCCCAACAGUUCCGUCACCCCUUGAGAUCAACUACAGCAUGCUGGCACAAACACAGUCAGUGGAAGAGAAAUCAGACACGAUGGGAGAUCAAAAGGAGACCUUACCGGCCCUGGACAGGAGUAACGAAUGUAGGCUGUCUCCUGGGAAGCUGGCCCUGGAUCAAAGAAGCUACUCUCUCAACAUAACGAUUGGAUCGAUGGAUCCCAGUGGUCAUGGACGACCUAGAAACUUCUCCCCACUGGCCACGGAUAUCAUGUCUUUUACCAGCGGCAGUCUGGAGGAGUCUGCCAACUAUCUCCCAGUCACCAUCCCAUCUGUGGAGAAGGAGCCACCACCCUUCCGUCCCCUGAUCCUGGAGACGGCAGCCUCAGUCACGUCCGACUCUUCAUCUCCUCCCCACAACACAGCAACAGAGACCCCCGGUGAAAAGACCAGCCCCCAGGGGUCAGAGUCCCCAGAAUCUCCCUUCCCACCCAAAUACUACUACAAAAACGGGACAGUCAUGGCUCCUGACCUACCUGAAAUGCUGGACCUUGCGGGCAGCAGGUCUAGACUGGCUUCUGAGAACACUGACCCUGAGAUCAUGAGGAGGAAGUCUGUCCCUGUGGACGCCCAAGUCCUUGGCAGCGACUCCCUGGCUAACCUGGUUCUGGGGGACCAGAGUCAGAACCAGAGUCUUGCCAAGAGUGAGAGCCAGCUGGAGGAGUUGGGUUACUGUGUGUUCAGUGAGUACUCAGGGCCCAUGCCUUCCCCUGCUGACCUCCAUAGUCCCAUUGACUCCCCGCCCCAGCGCUUUACCCCUAUGGCUCUGGAGGAAAAGAUGGCGGAGGAGAAACUGAAAAUCGAUGCCAGAGACAAACUAGCCGAAGACGACAAGACCAGUCAGUUAGCUGAGAGCGCCGGUUCCAAAGAAAAAGAAGAAACCAAACAAAUGGGACAGAAGGAUUCAGCUUCAGAGGAAAAAGACAACAAAAAGAUCAGCCAUGAAAAUGCUUCCAUGGAAAACCAAAAAGACAAACCAGCUUCAGCUGUGAAGUCAGCCGAGUCCUUUGUAACUCCUACAGUGACGGUUACAUUGGAAGAGGAGGAGAAGCUAGGAGACAACGGACCCGAGACAGAUGCUGAGAUGGCUGCCUACGAGAGGCAGAUCCGCCGGCUGGAGAUGGAGGACAGGCCCCUGAGCAUGGAGGAGGAGCGGGAGCUGCAGGAGCUCAGGGAGAAGGUGAAGGACAAGUUCCUGGUGCACCAGGAGGCAUACGAGGAGGUGGAUGCUGAAGACGUCUACCAACUGACUGGAGUUGCCAAGGACAGGAUCGGCAGGCCCGUUAGGCCCUCCCCAGCCUCCUCUGUGGAGAGUACCACAGAAGAAGACAAUGUUUCAGUUACGGAGACAGAGAAACCUAAACAGACAAGAGGUCAGACAACACCAAAGAAGGUUGACAUCAUGGUGAUGUCUCCAUCUGUGUCAGUUGGUGGUUUGAGCACCACAGAAGAAGACAAGGUUUUAGUUACGGAGACAGAGAAACCUAAGCAGACAAGAGGUCAGACAACACCAACAAAGCUUGACGUCAUGGCAACGUCUCCAUCUGUGUCAGGUGAUGGUGUGAGCACCACAGAAGAAGAUACGGUUCCUGUUAUGGAGACAGAGAAACCUAAACAGAAUGGAGGUCAGACAACGCCAAUGAAGGUUGACAUCAUGGUAACUUCUCCAUCUGUGUCAGGUGAUUGUGUGAGAACCACAGAAGAAGAAAAGAUUCCAGUUAUGGAAAUAGAGAAACCUAAACAGACGGGAGGUCAGACAACGCCAACCAAGGUUGACAUCAUGGUAACUUCUCCAUCUGUGUCAGGUGAUUGUGUGAGUACCACAGAAGAAGAAAAGGUUCCAGUUAUGGAAAUAGAGAAACCUAAAGAGACGGGAGGUCAGACCACACCAACCAAGGUUGACAUCAUGGUGACUUCUCCAUCUGUGUCAGGUGAUUGUGUGAGCACCACAGAAGAAGAAAAGGUUCCAGUUAUGGAAAUAGAGAAACCUAAACAGACGGGAGGUCAGACAACACCAACCAAGGUUGACAUCAUGGUGACUUCUCCAUCUGUGUCAGGUGAUGGUGUGAGCACCACAGAAGAAGACAAUAUUUCAGUUACGGAGACAGAGAAACCUAAACAGACGGGAGGUCAGACAACACCAACAAAGCUUGACGUCAUGGUGAUUUCUGCCUCUGGUGUUGUGAGCACCACAGAAGAAGACAAGGUUCCAGUUACGGAAAUAGAGAAACCUAAACAGAAUGGAGGUGAGACAACACCAACCAAGGUUGACAUCAUGGUGACUUCUCCAUCUGUGUCAGGUGAUGGUGUGAGCACCACAGAAGAAGAAAAGGUUUCAGUUACGGAAAUAGAGAAACCUAAACAGAAUGGAGGUCAGACAACGCCAACAAAGAUUGACGUCAUGACGACGUCUCCAUCUGUGUCAGGUGGUGGUGUGAGCACCACAGAAGAAGACAACGAGAAAGUUAGCAAAGAGGAGCUGAAGGAGCAGGUUGUAGAGGUCAAAGAGAGGACCAUGGAAGAAAAUAAAAAGGUAGAGGGGGAGGAGGAGGAUACAGAGCAGACAGUGGAACCAGAUGAAAUCAUGAUAAAGAUAAAACCAUCAAUGCCUGUAGAGAAAGAAGAGAAGGUUGAGAAGGAUAGAAUGACAAACAAGGAGGAAGAGGAGGAGGAAGAUAGUGAAGUUCUGGCAGGGGCAGGAGCAGCGUUGAUUGAUGUUCCAGAACCCAGAGCUGCCAUAGAGUCAGUGGUGACUGUAGAAGAUGACUUCAUCACUGUAGUCCAGACCAUCGACGAGGGGGAGGAGCCAGGACACAGCGUGCGUUUUUCCGCUCCGCCCGAGCCUGAGACACCAGAGGAGGAGGAGUCCCAGGAGGUGGAGAUCAUGGAGGCAGCUAGUCUAGAGGAGGUGGGGGAUGUCUCAGAGGAGGUCCUUGAGAAGGAGGUGCAGGCCUCCCCAGAGAAGGAGGUGCAGUUGGAGACCGAGGGACAGACAGAGAGCUACGACAGAGACGAGACCACCAUGGACGACUCCAUCCUAGACAGCUCUUGGGUCGAUACUCAAGAUCUCUCCACUGUAGAUGUGGAUGAUGACAUGAGCAUGGCUGCCGAGCAGAUCGAGCCCCUGAGAGCCGACCGGGUCCCAGCCCCACCAGUCAAGAAGUACAAGACUCUCCAGCAGCAGAAGCAGGAAAAGCAGCCAGUGAAGCCCAAGGCUAAAAGUGGGCGUGUGAGGGGGCGCGAGGUGUGCGUCUCCACCCCUGAACGGAAACCCGUCCGCAAGGAGACUGUCUGUAUCCCCAGGGAAGACAUCAAGAAGAAAAAAGCCAUGAACAAGAAGACUGAGCUGACUAAGAAAGCAGAGACGCGCUCCUCUCCAUCACGGAAGAGUGUGUUAAAGCCUACUGCGGUCCGACACCCAAGUCCCGCCCAGCCCCAACCCCACCCCUGUGCUAGGAGGAAACCUACAGUGGGUGUACCAGAAGGUCGUCGGCCCCUCAGUGUAGCUAGACAGUCUCGGGACAGAGCCUCAUCACCACCAUUAACAAAGAUCCCCACCUGUAAAACGCGAGUGGUCGCCCGCCUGCCCCCCCGCCCUAACUCGUCCUGCUCCUCCCACACUAAAAAGAACUUGCUGGGGGAGGUGGAGCUUGAUAGGCCCCGCCCCUCCUCAGGUGGGCCUCGUGACUCUACCACACUACCCAGACUGAUAUACCUGGAUGGAGGUUCGCAGAGCCCAAAAAGGUCGUCCCUGCCCCGGCCUGCCUCUGUCCCGCGGCCUGCCUCUAUCCUCAGCCGGCGUACCCACCACCAACCACAUGACCAGGAGGAGAGCUCCACCUCUAUCACCAGCUCCGGCUCUACCGCACCCCGUAGACCCACGUCAUUCAGUACAGAGGUCAGGGCGGAGCAUAGGACAGGACGCGCCCCUAGUUGGACAGGCACACAGUCGAUGCGUUCCCGUUCGCUGUGCACCACAACCCGCACCCCAGGGUCCACAGCCAUCUCCCCUGGGACUCCUCCCAGCUACAGCUACUCCUGCCGCACACCUGGGACCCCUCUCACCCCUGGCACACCCCGUUCUCGAAGCCUGCUGCAGGAGAAGAAGGUGGCUCUGCUCCGCACCCCUCCCAAGUCACCUGCUACCACUCCCAAACAGCUCCGCGUCCUCAACCAGCCCCUUCCCGACCUCAAGAACAUCAAGUCCAAGAUCGGCUCCACAGACAACAUCAAGUACCAGCCCAAGGGGGGACAGCAACACAGAGGCAGGGGCCAAACGGCCACCACAACAGAGCCCAAACGCAGCCCGUCGUGGAUCUGGAGAUUGCUCCUUCGCCUGGUCUCUCUCUCCUUAUAUCUGUCUGCUGCACACAGUGUGACGUGGGCCCCCAUGCCAGCCAAAGACCAACUGAUUCAGAUUUUAAACAAGAAGCUGGACUUCAGUCACGUACAGUCAAAAUGCGGAUCCAAGGAUAACAUGAAGCAUUCUCCUCGUGGAGGCCAUGUGCAGAUUCAGACCAAGAAGAUUGACCUGAGUCACGUGACCUCCAAGUGUGGAUCGCUGGACAACAUCCGCCACCGGCCAGGGGGAGGUAACGUGCGCAUAGAGAGUGUGAAGCUGGACUUUAAAGACAAGGCCCAGCCCAAGGUGGGUUCCCUGGAUAAUGCACACCACACCCCUGGUGGAGGCCACAUUAUGAUCGAAAGCCACAAGCUGUUGUUCCGUGAUAUGGCCAAGGCCCGGGUGGACCACGGAGCGGAGAUCAUUGUGACCCAGUCUCCGGAAAUGGACAUGUCAGGGACGGUGUCCCCCCACCGCGACAGCCACCUGUCCUCCUCUGGCAGCAUCAACUUGCUGGAGUCUCCACAGCUAGCCACUCUAGCUGAAGACGUCACCGCCGCCCUGGCCAAGCAGGGCUUGUGAGCGCCUUGACCCCCUCAGCCCAGGCACCAGAUCUCUUGACCUUCCCCCUGCCUCCAGUCCACCCCAGCUCCGGACACCUUCCCCCUGCCUCCAGUCCUGAACCCCUCAACUUGCCUCAAGUUCAACCUGACCCCAAGCCUUGGACUCCCUCACUUGCUUCUAGUCCAGCCCAAGUUCCCUCAUCAUGCCUCCACCCAGCCUCCAAUCUCCCUCCAGUCCACCCCCAGCCUCGGGUACCAAACAGCCCACACAAAUCUCUGCCUCAACCCCACCCUGCCUCAACCUCACUCUGCCUCAACCCCACUCUGCCCCCCGGAAACCUUCUCUGUGCCUCCAUCCAGCCUCUAUCCUUCCCUGCUACCUGCCAUGCGGUCCAUCUCAAACACCCUCACCCCACCAUGCCUCCCAUCCAUCCCAGGCCAUGGACACCCUCACCCCACCAUGCCUCCCAUGCAUCCCAGGCCAUGGACACCCUGACCCCAUCCUGCCUUCUGUCUAUUCCAGGCCCUGAACACCCUGAACCCACCCUGCCUUCCGUCCAUUCCAGGCCCUGAACACCCUGAACCCACCCUGCCGUCCGUCCAUUCCAGGCCCUGGACACCCUGAACCAACCCUGCCUCCAGUCCAUUACAGGCCCUGAACACCCUGAACCCACCCUGCCUCCAGUCCAUUACAGGCCCUGAACACCCUGAACCCACCCUGGCUCCAGUCCAUUACAGGCCCUGAACAUCGUGAACCCAACCUGUCUCCCGUCCAUCCCAGGACCUGGACACCCUCUUCCCAUCUUGCCUUCAGUUCAACCACCCAGGCUCCCUCACCCUGUCCCAGGCCUCCUGUCAACCCCAGCCCAGAUGCCCAGACACCCCCCCCAUCCUGCAGCAGCUUCAUACUCACCGCCUGAUGGAGCUGCCUACCCCACCCUAUGUCAACAAGACAAAUUAAGAAAAAACAACAACCCUUAUGGAACUAGAGACUAUUUAGAAAGUACUUUUGGUCAAUUGUUUGUUGAUAUUUCCAUUCCAAGUACUUGUACUUUUUUUCUCCAUCUUUUAUCUGGUGUAUUUUUUUUUAUGCUGCGUAUAGAUAGAUAGAUAGAUAGUGUCCAAGCACUGACUCAAGAUCAGCUGUAGUUCUUUGCACAACAUGAUCUGGGUAUGGGCCAGGUAUAGGGUGGGCUGGUCUCUGUUCAGUUCUUAGGAGCAGCCUUUUCUUACACUAAGUAGGAAGUCACGUGUCCAUGCCCAUACAGUACUCUACCCAUGCCAAUGCCGCCAGCACGUCUAGUUUUGCUCAGUAAAGUGCAUGGACGCCAGACUCAACAUUCACCAUACAUCAAGCAUCCUUGCAGCUAGUCCCAGAUCCAAUAUAUAAUAAAUAUAUAAACAGUAUAUUGAAAAUAUGUAUAAAUAUACCAGCUCUUUGUCUUCAACAACAUCUCUUCGAAAAACCAUUUAAAAAAGUGAUUAGUCCUAUAAGUAUCUUAUACCUGAAAAAUUGCAUUAUUUCAAUAACUAGAUAAUGGUAUGAUGAGCAUGUAUUGAUUCUAGUUACAAAAAGAGGCUAUUUUCUAGUUCAAAUUAAAGGAUUUUAGUAAAGUUAUUUCCUUAAUCGUUGGAUAGAAAAAUUAACACUUCAUGUUUUUGUAGAUAUUAGUUGACUAGUAUGUUAUGCUUGUUGAAGUUGACUUCAGACAACUGUGCUGGUAUUGCUAAGGAGUACAUCUUCCAGGCCUGCAACAGAGUACUAACGGCCCUACAAAUGACUAGCGCCCUGUCCUGGUGGCGUACAGUAGUUGUACAUCAAGCUGCCUCCCAUUACAGAAACAGGAGAUAAGCUCCUGCCCCUAUGGGCCGUUCUGGCUCGGACCAGGCUUACUUUAAUUACAGAGAACUAACCAAUGCUACUCUCUCUGGGAGCUGUUCUACUAAAAGGCUGCUUAACCAGUCCUAGUUUAGUUUAAGAGGAUGCUGCUUUGAUUCUCAUCUCAAAUAUCUCAGUUCAAAAGAAACGAUGAUAUAGCUAGGAGCUCACAGAAGCUGUGAUCACAAUCCAUUCACCAUGCUAGCAAUAGGCAUUGGAUGGCUGUAAGAUAUUUUAGUCCAUAGUGUUCGAUGAACUCCCCAAGGCUCUCAGAGUAGGCUGAGAUUGAACUCACGAGGGCUUGCAGUUGUCUGAACCAUAUUGUAGAUGAAGCUAUUAUUUAAAGAUGACAUUUACAAAGCAGCUGUGGAACUCUGGACCCUGUGUCCCUACAGUUCACUUCUGGAUGCUAGGUUUGUUUUGUGUAAAACAUUUACGGGGGGGGGGAAAGAAAGGGGGAAAAUAAAUAAAAACUACAUUUCAUAAAAACAAUCUUUAAAAAAGGAAACUCAACAAGUCAUGUUGCAUCUGUUUGAUAAAGUGUUCCUCUAUAUUUUUUCUGUCGCUAUUUUGUGGUAUUUAUUCCUCCUUCUUUUAGUAUUAAUGUUUGCUUCUGUGUUGUUUCUGCACCCCCCCUAUCCCCUACCCCCUAAUCCCUGAUCCCCUAACCUCUACCCCAACCUACAGCAACUGUAAUUGUAAUUAAAAGUAGAUGUACGCAGUUUUUCUCCUGUUGAUAUGAUACUGAUAACAAAAUGCUCUUAACAAUUAAAGACAAUAAAAACACUGAAAAACA